GAGCGGAGAAGGCGGAAGUAGAAGCGGCCGCCGCGGGACCCUGGGCUCUGGGCGGGCAGGGCUCGCAAAUCGCCGCGGCCUUUUGGCCUGGAGACUGGCGUGCGGGCCGAGCGGGAAAGCUGUCCACCUCCUUCCGGUGUCUUGACGGAGGAGUCGGCGGGCGAGAGCGAAAUCCCUACACUAAACACUUCAAAGUGUGCAUGAAUUUUAGACCUAGAGGAAGAAACCGAGAUCCAAAUGGUCAAGUGACUUAUGAACAGUUUUUACAGAGCAACCGAUAACCUCGUUACUAUGAGUCUCCUAAACUGUGAAAACAGCUGUGGAUCCAGCCAGUCGGAAAGUGACUGCUGUGCUGCCAUGGCCAGCUCCUGUAGUGCGUCAGCAAAAGACGACAGUGUGGGUGGAACUGCCAGCACAGGGAACCUUUCCAACUCUUUUGUGGAAGAGGUCCAGGGAUACGAUGUGGAGUUUGACCCACCCCUGGAAAGCAAGUAUGAAUGUCCUAUCUGCUUGAUGGCAUUACGGGAAGCAGUGCAAACACCAUGUGGCCAUAGGUUUUGCAAAGCCUGCAUCAUCAAGUCAAUCAGGGAUGCAGGUCACAAAUGUCCAGUUGACAAUGAAAUACUAUUGGAAAACCAGCUAUUUCCUGACAAUUUUGCAAAACGAGAGAUUCUCUCUCUGAUGGUAAAAUGUCCAAAUGAAGGUUGUUUGCACAAGAUGGAACUAAGACAUCUAGAGGAUCAUCAAGUGCAUUGUGAGUUUGCUCUUAUUAAUUGUCCUCAAUGCCAACGUCCCUUCCCAAAGUACCAGUCCAAAAUUCACAUCCACAAGGAAUGUCCAAGGAGACAAGUUUCCUGUGUCAACUGUGCUAUGUUGAUAGCAUUCGAAGAUAAAGAGAUCCAUGAUGAAACCUGUCCUUUGGCAAAUGUCAUCUGUGAAUAUUGCAAUACCGUGCUCAUCAGAGAACAGAUGCCUAACCAUUAUGAUUUAGACUGUCCUACAGCUCCAAUUCCGUGCACUUUUAGUACUUUCGGUUGCCAUGCAAAGAUGCAGAGGAAUCAUUUGGCGCGCCAUCUACAAGAGAAUACUCAGUCCCACAUGAGAAUGUUAGCUCAGGCUGUUCAGAAUUUAGGCCUUGCUUUAGCUCCCAUGCCUCAACCAGAGCUGCUUCCAUAUGACUCUUCCUCUUUACCCCGGAUCUCCUCUGGGUGUCACCCAGAGGUCCAAAAUUUCCAAGAAACCAUCCAACAGUUAGAGGGUCGCCUUGUAAGGCAAGACCAUCAAAUCCGAGAGCUGACAGCUAAAAUGGAAACUCAGAGUAUAUAUGUAAGUGAGCUCAAACGAACAGUUCGAACCCUUGAGGACAAAAUUGCCGAAAUUGAAGCACAGCAGUGCAAUGGGAUUUACAUCUGGAAGAUUGGCAACUUUGGAAUGCACUUGAAAUCCCAAGAAGAGGAGAAACCUGUUGUCAUUCAUAGUCCUGGGUUCUACACUGGCAAGCCCGGGUACAAACUGUGCAUGCGCCUGCACCUUCAGCUACCCACUGCUCAGCGCUGUGCAAACUAUAUUUCCCUCUUCGUCCACACAAUGCAAGGAGAAUAUGACAGCCACCUCCCUUGGCCCUUCCAGGGUACAAUACGCCUUACAAUUCUUGAUCAGUCUGAAGCACCUAUUAGGCAAAACCACGAGGAAAUAAUGGAUGCCAAGCCAGAACUGCUAGCUUUCCAGAGACCCACGAUCCCACGGAACCCAAAAGGUUUUGGCUAUGUGACUUUCAUGCACCUGGAAGCCCUGAGACAAAGAACCUUCAUUAAGGAUGACACUUUGUUAGUACGCUGUGAGGUCUCUACCCGCUUUGACAUGGGGAGCCUUCGGAGGGAGGGUUUUCAGCCUCGAAGUACGGAUGCAGGGGUGUAGUGUCCCCUUGUUUGUACGGAUGCAGGGGUGUAGUUUCCCCUUGUUUGUACGGAUGCAGGGGUAUAGUGUCCCCUUGUUUGUUUUGAUUGUGUUUUUAACUGGUUUAGAGAAACAAAGUACCUUUCCUUGUCCUGUGUUCAGUUAUACAUAAACAAAGAAACAAAUCAGUGUGAAUGAUGUGCUCACCAGUGAAUGUUGAGAGAGGUUGCUCACCACUUCUUUUUACAAGUACGGAGAGCAGUUUUUCCCCUGAGAAUGUAUAUGUCCCAGUUGUUAAAGUGAAGUAUCUGCAGCAUGUUGCCAUAGCUGACUGCCAGUCAGGAUACCUCUCUGUUGUACUUCCAUGUAUUUGUUUUUUUUUUUACUCCCCUGUUUUAUUGUCAGAAAGCCCAGGGUUGGAGUAGUAAAACUCAAACCUUUUAAUAGUAAUGGAUGCUCCUUAAAGCAUCAGUUUAUUUUUAUAGUAUUAUAUGUAAUAUAUUAAACUUACCAAUCACUACCACCUCAUGCUGGUGCCAGGAAGAAGAAUUCUUACUCUUGAGUUGAGUUCUCAUUUUAUUUGACCUAUAAAUUUCAGAGGAUCUGAACCUUAAUCCUUGGGAAACUUCAGUUCUCAUUUACUCCCUCACUCUCCUGGGGGUGGGGGGGGGGCGGUGUUAACUAAGCAUAUUCAGGAACUACUUUAGAACCUAGAUAUGACCUUGCUUACUGAGUGUGAACAUAUAUUGUCUGUUGAAUAAUUCUUCUUUAAAUGUUUCAUUUGACCCUGGUUAUAUUAUUUCCUGGAAGCUACAAAGCAGCAUCUUCUCCAGACUUUACAAUGCUGAGAACUAUAUGGAUACCAACUAGCUGCUCAGCAUUAUUCUAUAAGUUCCUUUUUGUCCGUUCCCUGCAGAGUGAAUUCCCCCAGCUCUGCAUAUAUUCUCUGCUGUUUAAUGUCUGCAUGACAAGGAAAUGCACACAGUCAGUGACAUAAACAUUAAAAAUGAUGCAACUAGUUAGCCAAUGUGGCAUAGCGAAUGCUAUGUGAGCCAGAAAUUUUUCAACUCUUUUGAACACCCUCACGUUUAGCUCAAUCAAAUGUACACAAAAGGUUUUCUAAGGCAGAAUUUCUUAAUACUAGGGAAAUAUUGGAGAUAGGGUUAUAGGUUGAAACACUCCAAUAAUUUAUAGCAAAAAAAAAAAAAAUGGAAUGUAUUGUGGUGACUAAAUGCCCCUAGUAGGAGAGACUACUUUUGAGCCAAUGUAUAUUUAUCAAAAGCAAAUGUGAUGAAAUUUCGUUCUCAGGGAGUCCCCACCAGUGUAGGCUCUUAGAAUUUGAGAGGACCCACACACUGUCCUGCUUACACAAGAUUGUCAAAGUUGUCUGGUCACAAGAGACAGUACUAUAUCUCCAGAGGCCAAAUCGGGAGCCCCCUGGCCAGUGUUGAAGAUCAGCCUUCAUUUCAAAAGGGAGACCUUGUCUAUUCAAAAGAAUAGCUUCAGUUCUGAACAGACCCAGCAAGUGGGGUCCCAGAGGUCUUUUCCCCUUUUCUUUUCUCUAACCUCCCUGCCCUUCCCAUUUGUAGCCUUCUCUGAUGGGCUUAUGUUAUAUAUCCUGUGGCCAGUACCACCAUCAAUGCCACCUGCUCGUUCGUUUCCAGUCUAUUUCUUGGCAGUUUGUGUCUCUUAGUGACUCUGCUUCCCAACUGGCUCCUGAGAGUCCUUGCAGCACCACCCUUGGGGUAGGGGGCCCUGCACAACUGCUGUUCCUAUGAUUGUUUUUCAAUAAAUUAAAAAUUCUGGAGUUCCACUUUAAAUGGCGGUUAUUUUUUGUAUGUGCCUAGAAAAAGUCUUAAAGGAAAAUAACUGAGUUAUUUUUGAUGACUUGAGAAUUAUUUACACUUUCUUAAAAGUUUUAUGUUUCCUACAAUAAAUAUGUACUUUUAGCUGAGAUAAAUGUUCCCACAAAAAAAAAAAAAAAAAAAAAACUGAACCUCACCAAAAAAGGAAAUGACAUUUGAACGCUUCCUGGUGAAAUUUCUAUUAAAAGCAUAGCUGUCACUAGGCACUGCGGCCAGUCAUUUCCUGCUUUGGUUGUGUUAUUUCUUUUUUUCUACUAACUUGGGAAUCUUAAUCCAAAUAAAAAUGGGGUUUUGUUUCGUCAUGUUUUUUUCCCUUUUGCUUCAACUUUUCAGCUUCACGUCUCCUAUCUAUAAAGUAAGAAAUAGGAAUAGAUACUCCCAGCCAUAAAAUUCUCUAUUAAAGUUGAAGUUCUAUGGUCUAGGAGGUGGCGCAGUGAUAAAGCUUUGGACUCUCAAGCAUGAGGUCCCGAGUUCGAUACCACAUGUGCCAGAGUGAGGUCUUGUUUUUUCUCUCUCCUAUUUUUCUCAUAAAUAAAUAAAAAUCUUUUUUAAAAGAUUAAUAAAAAAAUGAAGUUCUGACCAGUAGGACAUUGACAAUAGUUGAAGAUUUGCCAGUCGAAAUUACUUUUUGCUUACAUAAUUGCUAGUGUCCAUCAGCUAGGUCACACUCAAUUCAAAUUAGCAGAAUUUUUUUAACACCCAACAGUUGACAUGUUGUAGAAAACCAGCCUCUUAUUUAUACUAGCUACUCACUGUGAAUAUAAAAAUAGAGUUAAUGGCCAAACUGUCAUUCUGCAUGGAACUUUACAUUAAAACUUCAUCUCAGAAGCAGUCUUACCUGGACAAUUGUUGUUCCUUGUAUUGGAUUGUUGAAAAAGUCAUGACAUAUUUUUCUAUGCAAAAAUAUGCCAUGGCUUGUGACAACCCAGUAUUUUUCUUCUUUUUUUUUUAAAUUUAUUUUUUGCCUCCAGGGUUACCGCUGAGGCUUGGUGCCUGCACUACGAAUCCAUGGCUUCAGGAGGCUAUCUUUCGUUGCCCCUGUUGUUUACUGUUGUGGUUACUAUUGUUGUUAUUGUUAUAUUAUUAUUGUUGUUACUGUUGUUGUUAUUGAUGCUGUUGUUGUUGGAUAAGACAGAGAGAAAUGGAGAGAGAUGGGGAAGACAGAGAGGGAGAGAGAAAGACACCUGCAGAUCUGCCUCACGGCUUGUGAAGUGACCCUCUCCUGUAGGUGGGGAGCUGGGGGCUCGAACCGGGAUCCUUAUGUCAGCCCUUGCUCUUCACGCCAUGUGCGCCUAACCCGAUGCGCUACAGCCCGGCCCCCAACCCAGUAUUUUUCAUGAUCUUCUCUCCUACUCUGAAACAUUUAGUCUCACCCAGUUGACCAACAACAGUUUAGACCACAUAUUUUUAUUUUAUCAGCCUUUUGUUUAACAUGUAUCUUUUACAUUUUUUAGCAUUGCUCAAAUGGAAAGAAAUUUCAUCUUUGUCUCAGAGGUGUUGAAUGAAAGCUGCGAUUUAUCCAUUUUGUUGUUGGGUAACUAGGAUAUUGACUAGUGUUUUUGUUGUUAUUGUUGCUUGUUGCCUUGUUUGUUUUUACUAACCUUUGGCCUUGGCAGUAAUGACAUUUUAUGAUUGUACUAUAAUAUGACAACUUUAUAUUGGGGGUGGAGAAAACUGAAAUAAAAUGAGAGGGGAGUUAGCUUAGGAGUGAACUAAUAUAGAAAUGCUGGGUACUGGGAGUCAGGCGGUAGCGCAGCAGUUUAAGUGCAGGUGGUACAAAGCUCAAGGACGGGUGUAAGGAUCCUGAUUCAAGCCCCCGGCUCCCCACCUGCAGGGAAGUCACUUCACAAGUAGUGAAGCUGGUCUGCAGGUGUCUAUCUUUCUCUCCCCCCUCUCUGUCUUCCCCUCCUCUCUCCAUUUCUCUUUUUCCUAUCCAGCAAUGAUGACAUCAAUAACAAUGAUAACUACAACAAUAAAACAAUAAGGGCAACAAAAGGAAAUAGAUAAAUAAAUAUUUUUUAAAAAUGCU